ACUUUACAACUUACAUGCUUUAACUGCAGAACUUAUUUAAAACAAUGAAAGUAAAGUUUAACUAGUAAAAAAUAAUUUUACCCAAUAAAAAAUAAUAGUUUAACUAAAGAAUUUGACUAAAAUUCGACUCAUGGUGCAUAAAUCAAGCUACGUCAAUCUGGGACUCAAAAGAAGCGGGUUUAUAUGCUGGUUUUGAAUAUACAAAUCGAAUUAGAAUUUAUAAUUGUAUUAUAUGAACAAUGGGUGCGAUUGAAUCCUUAUUAAAAGCUGAUCUUAAAGUUGUUGUAAAAACUGGAGACGUCAAAGGAGCUGGAACAGAUAGUAAUGUUUAUUGUUGUUUAAUUGAUGAUAAAGGUUUUAAAUCACGGAAUAUUUUACUUGAUGUCAAAUGGCGAAAUGAUUUUGAAAAAGGAAAUUUAGAUGAAUUUGACAUUCGAAAUGUUUCGAACUUAAGUAACGUAGUAUCAAUCGAACUAUGGCGAGACCAGAAAGGAGUUAACGAUAGUUGGUUUGUUGAGUAUAUAAUUGUGAAACACUCAAACUACACAUCUCCAUUUCCCUGUAAUCGUUGGAUUGAAGCAAAUAAAAAGUACGUCUUUUACAUUUUUAACUCUUCGUUGCCGCAAUACGAUCCAUGUUUAUCACAAAGAAAACUAGAGCUUGAGGCAAAUAAAGUGAAAUACAUCUUUACAAACAAUUCUGAAGUUCCUAAACAGGUAGCAAAUCUUCCGAUUGAGGAAAAUUUUAGCUUCAGUUAUAAGUGGGAUGUUGUGAGUAGAAAAAUCAAAUUAAUAACACAGGCUAAGCUCACUGGAUUGCUAACAUCUGAAAAUUGGACAACGAUUGGAGAUUAUUUAAAAUUGUAUAAAGGCAUUUUUCCUGUUCCAUAUGGCUUUAAUAAUUGGCAAUCAGAUGAAAAGUUUGGUGAACAACGGUUACGUGGAUGCAAUCCAGUGUUGAUCCAGUUAUGUAAAAAAGUACCUGAUAACUUUCCUGUAACAAAUGAGAUGGUUUCUCAAUUCUUGGAUGGUUUCACACUUGAAGAAACCAUUGAAAAAAAGCAAUUGUUCAUAGUGAACUUGGCAAUUCUAGAAAAUUUAAUUUUGGAAAAUGGAAGAACGGUUUGUGCACCUAUGGCGCUUUUUUAUGCAAACAAGAAUGGCACUUUGCUUCCUGUUGCUAUUCAGUUAUUUCAGAAACCUUCUGAAGAAAAUCCAAUAUUUUUACCAAGUGAUCCUCAAUAUACCUGGCUUCUUGCAAAGAUGUACUUUAACAAUGCUGAUUGCUCUCUGCAUCAAUCCUGCACUCAUUUAGGACUUACUCAUCUUCUUUGUGAGUCAAUAUGUGUAGCUGCUCACCAAAAUUUAUCUCUUAACCAUCCUGUUUUUCAACUGCUUGCUCCACAUUUUUUAUAUAUAAUGGCUAUAAAUAGUUUAGCAUUGAAAAACCUUGUUUCCCCUGGUGGUUGGAUUGAUAAGACAAUGACUAUUGGUGUUUCUGGACUAAUGGAAAUUCUUAAACGAUCUUGGCAAACGUUUAAAUUUGAUCGUGAUUGCUGGCUUCCAAAUGACAUAAGUGCUAGAGGGGUGGGUGAUACAGAGAUUUUAAAAAACUAUUUUUAUCGAGAUGAUGCUCUUCUUAUUCAUGAAGCUAUUGUUAAUUAUGUCACCGAAAUACUUUCUAGGGUGUAUGAUACUCCUGAAAAAUUAAAAAAUGAUUAUGAAAUUGAAAAUUGGGCAUUUUGUUUAAGCAAUGAAACUGAUGGUGCUGGUAUUAAGGGAGUUUUCGGUAAUGGAAAUUUUGACGAUUUAAAUGAUCUCAUCAAGUUUGUUGCUAGUGUUAUCUUCAUCUGUAGUGUUGGCCAUGCCGCUGCUAAUUUUUGUCAAUAUGAUGAAUAUGCUUUCCCACCAAGUUAUCCAGCAAUGUUAACUGGAAAAAUACCUUCUUCUAAGGCUCCUUUAACAAUGCAAGACAUUAUUAAUCAGCUUCCAAACAAAGAAACCACUUUGGAUACAAUGGCAGUUACAAAACUGCUUAGUGAAAGAGGUACCAAUGAAUUAGGUACUUUUGAGAUUCAAUAUCUGUUUAGACCUGAAGAUGUUGCUGCUGUUGAAAGGUUCAAAAGUGCUUUAGCUGAGAUCAGUAACAAGAUUAAAAAAAGAAACGAAGAACUUAGCACACCAUACCCAUAUUUGGAUCCUAAGGAAGUUCCGAACGCUAUUAGUAUUUGAAAAUUUUGUUCAACGUGCUCAUGCAACAACAUUUUGAUCAACAAAAAUUUAUUUUGGAUUUUUGAUAUGAAAACAUAAUUAAAGUUCUAACUGUAAAAGUUAAAUUUUAUAAGAUUUGUAUAAAUCUAAUAUUAUUUUAAUAUUGUGUUUGUAUAAAACUAAUAUUUUUUUUAAUAUUAUUUUUGUAUAAAUUUAAUAUUACGAUAAGUUUAUUAUUUUUAACUGCAUAUUUUCUUUAUACCGCUUUUUUAUGUUGCAGGUAUUUAUUGUAGGUAUUAUUUAUUUUCAUGAUUAAAAUUUCUAAAAAAUGUG